AUGAUCCGACCCCCUUCCACUGACCACGGUACCCUGCCAAAUAUGAAGUGGAGUUUUGCUGACUCCCAUACACGUAUCGAGGAAGGCGGCUGGGCCCGUCAAACCACUGUCCGCGAGCUCCCAACAAGCAUCGAGCUCCCCGGCGUAAACAUGCGUCUUGACGAAGGCGCCAUCCUUGAGCUCCACUGGCACAAAGUAGGCGAAUGGGCUUAUGUCCUCGAAGGCAAAGUCCGUGUCACCGCGCUCGACAAGGAAGACGGCAACUAUAUCGGCGAAGUUGAAAAAGGCGACCUCUGUAAAGGCGGUACUGAAUUCCUUUUGAUCUUCGACGACGGCAAUUUCAGCGAAGACUCAACGUUCCUCCUAUCAGAUUGGCUUGCACACACCCCUAAGUCUGUGCUCUCCAAGAAUUUUCGUGUUGCGCCUCAGAUCUUCGACCACAUCCUAGCAAAGGAGCGGUACGUCUUCCAAGGCUCGUUACCUGGUAGCAUGGACGAGGAGGAUCGAAGAAGCAAGCGGACGUGCAAGGGUCACCGUAUUUGCGUCGUCCAAUUCCGCACGCACAUUCAAUUAUAUGGCCGGCGAUGUUGGUAUUGUGCCAAAGUCGAUGGACAUUUCGUGGAGAAUUUGAGUGACACGGACGAAGUUGAGACGUUGGAAAUGUUCAGGGCACCAAAGUUCGAGGACUUUAGUCUCGAACAGUGGCUAGCAGCGACGCCCGAGGGAAAUGUGGCCGAACAUAUUCUGCAGGCAGAGGAGAGAGCAGGUAAAGCGUUCGUACAAGCGUUGGAAGGACAGAAGAAGCCGGUCAAGCUGAAGUUGUAG